AUGGCCAAGUCGAAGAACCACACGGCGCACAACCAGUCGUACAAGGCGCACAAGAACGGCAUCAAGAAGCCCAAGCGCCACCGCCAGACCUCCACCAAGGGCAACACAACUAUACUUUUGCCAAUUUUUCAUCUCCACCAGCAGCUUGAGAUGCACAUUGGUUUCUGCUCUUCAACUGACCAGCUUUCAACAUAUUUGCAGAUGGACCCCAAGUUCCUGAGGAACCUGAGGUAUUCAAGGAAGGGCAACAAGAAGAGUGGUGAGGCUGAAGCUGAGGAGUAG